AUGAAGGAAAUUAAGGUCUUAUUCAGAUCUCAAAUGCACUUCAUAAUUCAGAAUAUUGAGAAGACAGCUCUGCUCUCUGAGUAUGUCAAUCUACUGAUCACUGAGAUGAAAUCUGAGACAGCAGUUCAGGAAAUGCAGGAUUUUGAGAUGCAGAUUAAUCUGACUGAGAGAGAGCAGUAG